AUGAAUGCUACCAAACGAAAGUUCAAUGCCCUCAUCCAGGGUAUGGGCCGAUCCUCCGCCUCUACCAAAUCAAACGACUCCACGAGCUUGCCUGCCGAAUCUCCUCGCCCGUCGACGACUUCUCUCCAGCCCUUCAACACGAACUCUACAAACACGAACACAACGACCGACACCUCUACCAAACCGAGCAUGUCGAUUGAAGAAGACAUCUUGUUGAAGCGCCGGCGUCUGCAAGCGCUGACGGAGAAGAAUGCCGCUACGAUCAACAGUUCACCCUCGAUCCGUGCCACGGGAGGGGGUGCAGCGACGACCUUCUCGCACGUGUCGCUGAAGAAAUGGGUUCCUAGGUCUGCCAAUGUGACGGAAGUAAAGCACGCUCCGAAGUUUGCACCCAGCGACCGGAACGAGCUUCUCAAGCGGCUAGCAUCGUUCCAAGAGAUCACGGACUGGACUCCUAAGCCUGACGCGGUGAACGAAGUCGAAUGGGCGAAGAGAGGAUGGGUAUGCCAGGGGAAGGAUCGUGUACGGUGUACACUCUGCAAUAAGGAGCUCGUUGUGAAGCUGAAUAAACGCGAAGUUGACGGCAAGGAGGUACCCGUCCUUGUGGCGUCGGACGUCGGUAGGUUCAUGGUUGCCGGUCCUCACUGCUACUCAGAACUGAUUGGUGAAGCAGAGGAAGCGCUGAUAGAUAGGUACUCGGAUCUUGUUGUCACGGCACACCUGGAGGAAUGUUUAUGGAGAAAACAGGGGUGCGAUAAUUCGCUCCUCCGGCUAUCUCUAACCAAUGCCAAGAUAAGUAUGGAGGCAUUACGAACACGCUACGAUGAGCUCUGUGCAAGGAAACCUUUUCUCCCCUACGAGUUCAACUUGAGGCUUCCAGAGGGUCUCAACAUCGACAGCGUGCUGAACCAAUUACCUGAAGACUUCUUUACAAGCCCACCACCAUCCAAGGACUCUCCGGAUCCAAAGGAACCAAACAGAGUCGCUUUGACCCUGGCAAUGAUGGGUUGGCAGGGCCUCACGAACCCCCGUAUUGGCGCAGUGCCAAAUUCGGCAUCCUGCCACACAUGCUUACGACGUCUGGGCCUAUGGAUGUUCAAGAGUAAGGAGGUCAGCGCCGACGGCGAGAUACUCGUCCCUGCGCCAAUGGACCACCUCGAUCCAGUCAAGGAGCACCGCUUCUUCUGUCCCUGGAAGAAUCCCGUGGCGCAACGCCUAGGUAGCGCGAAGCCCGGGUCAGAGGCGAACAUGGCGGCUUGGAAGUGCUUGGCACAGGUCCUGAAGAACGACGCCUACCUACGCGGAGCGCUCGAGGACCGGCCGAAGAACAGGUCCACGUGGCAUAACAGAGGCGCCUCGGUACCUUCGACGCCGGUUCGUAGAGGUGUUGCGACGCCCUCGACACCAGGGGGUUAUGACUUACCGAGCGCUGCUACCGAGCUAGCAGCCGACGAUGACGAAAAGUUGAGGGAAGCGAAGGACAAGGAGCGCUGGGCUCGUUUGAGGAGGGUGAAGAGUUUAUUCGAGUCGAAAAAUGCGAAGAAGAUUCGUCGGCAGCUUAGUAGACCGGGCACGGCGCGUUCGACGGUCUCGGGCGCAGGAGAGGAUAAGGAGAAGGAUAAGGAAUAA